UUCUCUUUUGCCCCCUACAGGCCACCAAAAGAAGAUCAUGCUGGCGGUCAAGAAAUUGACCGAUCUCCGCAAGAGCAUGAAUCAGGUUGAUGUCAACACUCUGAGGCGGAAGAUCCCUGGCACUUUAGAUAUUGUUACCAUUGAGUCUGUUGAUAAUGGGGAAGGCCACUCUCCCCACACCCCUAAGAUGACCACUUUCCAGGACAGCGAGCUGAGCUAUGAGCUCCAGACAGCCAUGUCCAACAGCUGCCAGGAGACGCUGACAAUCAAGAACACUCAGGGCAUAUCCCGGAGCCAAGAGAGCAUUGGCGUGCGCUCCCGGGGGUCAGGGCACUCACAGGAGAACAUGUUGUCCAAAAGUGCCACCUCAAGCCGUUCUCAGGAGAGCUUGGGCAGUGGCGAAAGCAGCAGUGGCAGCAGUGGUGGGUCCUCUUCCACCCAACCCCGCCUCAUAGACAACUCCACUAACUCUCAGGGGCGACCCAACCCAGAAAGCUAUGGGGCAGUUGUUCCACAGCUCAACUGCCCAGAUGAAGUCAAUAGCUAUUCCAAUGGUUGUGUGGGAAGUCCCUUGAGGGAGAGAAAUCUGCCAGAGGGGAUGGAUCAGUACCAGAGACCCGGUGCUCUGAAAGGGGAUUUCCCUCCCCAUAUGGUUCCAACAGAGCCACCAAAUCCACUCUUAGCCACAUCUCCCUGCACAUCACCCCACGCAGCCAACAAGGUAUCUGCCCCGUAUGUCUUCAUGUAUCCCCAUGUGUCAAUGAAGACCCAGCAACCUCAUUCACCUUCUGUUCUUGAGCAGGCAAAGAGUCCAGAUCAUGUCUGUGCUCAGAAGACCACCUUGCAAUCAACAGCUCAGAAAGCUUUCUCCUAUCUCCAUUCCCACUGUGGUGGCACAGAGCCACCUCGUGUCCCUCCAAAACCCGAUGCUUCCAGAGAGCCGCAGAAUGGUGAGGGGUUGAAGCACAAGAAACGUUCACAUAGCUUGAACCGCUAUGCAUUGAGCGAUGGGGAACCUGAGGAAGAGGAACCACCCACUAGUUCGGUGAGCUCUUAUGCUACCUUGAGCAGGCGAUCCAGACGGAGCCAGGGGUCACGGCUGCAUCCACCGUCAGAUGCCAAGGUCUCACGCAGCCAGUCCUUCGCCAUCCGUGCAAAAAGAAAAGGGCCUCCACCCCCUCCUCCUAAACGCCUCAGCUCUGUCUCUAGUGCACAGGCUGUUGACGGUGAGUGUGAACAAGGCUUAGAACCACAGAAAGGGUCGUCACCUUCCCAAGGCAGAGAAGAUCAUUUUCAGGAUGCAGACUCUUCUUUAAGAAGUGCAUCAGCCGUACUUGAGGGACCCACAGCUGAAGAGAGCCCAAGUAAAUCUCUUCAGUCGCCAAACCCCAUGGAUUUUGAUGAAGGGGUAGUAGGCCUACACAAUUCCAUUGAAGGCGACCCCAGCUGCCCUGAAGCUGCUAUUGGCAGAAACCAGCUCUUUGACAGCACCAUUUCCCGGAAACGAACGUUUAGCGAGCCUGCAGUCACAGUGACGGAAGCUUUGCAGCAGAACCAUGAAGACGUCCAAUCAGAUAGCGAGGAGGAGGCCCGGGUGGGGAAAGACGGCCAAGCCAAGUCUCCCUGCUCUUCCCAAAACAGCUCCAGUGAGUGCAUUCCCUUUGCAGAAGAAGGCAAUCUGACCAUCAAGCAGCGACCAAAGCCUGUUGGGCCGCUAAAGAUGGAUGCCACGAUGCCAGAUUCUGAUUCCACCCAAGCUCAGUCUAGUGGGAAAGAACAAGGAGACCCAGCACAAGAGACCCCAGUACCGGAGUUCAACCUCACCGAAUCGGACACAGUGAAACGCAGGCCCAGGUGCAAAGAGAGGGAAUCGCUCCAGAACGUGCUGAAGGCUUUUGGGGUCGAUGCCCCCAGUUCAGCCACAACCGCUCCAGCCCCACAGUAUGCCCAGGCUCAGACAGUUAGCAUCAGUGGACCAUCCUUGCUUGUGACCGAACUGCAGUCCACCGCAGAUGCUUUUGACAACAACAGCAUGGAAUUGCAGAUUGCUGAAAUAGAGAAAAGCAUCCUUUCUCUGGAAAGGGGGAUCAAAAAGCCCCCCGUCUCUUUGAAACCAACCAGCCCCGUGCCGCUGCAAGUGGAGAGACAGGGGAGAUCGACCCACCUGAGAGCACCAGCCACGGGGACAGAUGCCUCAGCCAAGCAUACAUCCAUUGCCUCUACCAAGCUGGUAUUUUCAGGGCCGAAAACUAUUUACCAACAAGUCCUACAGAACUCCCGCAACACUGUUGCCCCCUGGGCAGCCACUGAAAUGGUGUCAGAAGUGACAGGACCCUAUCCUAUGAAACUGGGGCUAGGUGGCAAGCCAGCCUUGAAUUUUGGGGUGCCCCUUCCAACAAGGCCUUUGAAUGCAUCUCCAGACAUGACUCAGGUUCAUCAAAGACUGGAACAAACCAGCUCGUCCUUGGUGUCUACUCUUGAGGUCGCUGAAAAGAAGUUCACAGCAGAAGAUGCAGACAGACACUAUGGCACAGCACACUCUACCAAGAACAUCCUGGAAGACAUCAGCAACAUGUUUGAUGAUCUAGCCGAGCAGCUGGAUGCCAUGUUGGACUGAGGGAAAGCUCCUCGGCUGGGCUGCAGGUUCUUCCUGUCACCAUGCUGACCAAUGGACAGCUUUGAGCAGACGGCCCUGCGACGACUUCUGAUCUCUGUUGCCUGCACUUUGCCAUCUUGGUCCCUUCACAGCUCCCAUGGUGGAAAGAGAGGAACAGUGUCUUGUCUAGGCCAAGUGCAGGCAAUCACUGACAGUCUGGGACCCACGCCUCUGGGACAGGGCUGAAGCAAGAUGGGUCAAGAGCACUUGCUGCAUUCAAACUUCCUUUCAUCCACAAGAACCCUUUCCAGGCCCGACAAUUUCAUUGCUCUGAACUGUCACAAAGGAGCUGACUGAAGGGCUGCUACAUGGACUCGCUGCUAAGGAAAGGUUGAUGCCAGAGAGCAUUCAUGGAGCCUUUGGCCUCUUCCCAGUGCAAUACCCCAAACAUCUUUGCUUCCCCUGUACAGCCCAUUUCCGUUCGUCAUUUACAGGUUGCCAAUAAUCUGUCACCUUGGGUGGUGACCACUGCAGGGGGACCAGGCACUCAAUGUGGAGGACCCCGGCCCUCAGUUGCCAAAGUGGAGCGAGAUUGGUAACCUGGCACUUCGCAGAGCAAGGCAAUCCUUGCUGCUUAUUUUCAGCACAUCACUAGGAGAAGGACCGUGAAAUCCGGGCAGAUCGAAAUCCUCCCCCGUAGCUCCCCCUUUUCCUCUCCUUUGAAAAGCAGCUGGCCAGUUUCAAAGCUUUCAGAGGAGCAAAUGGGGCUCAGCAUUUCAAUAACAAGCUUUUCAAGGGGACUGAAAGCUGCUUUACCUUCUUUCCCAAAUACCUUGGACUUGUUCAUCACCUACGGAGUGAGAGGUCUUCCUCUCCCCCGCCCCCUUUAUGUAGUAUCUGGAAGGGAAAUCGUGAUUAGUGUCAGAGUGUAUAUAGCACCCUCUCGUGGCAAAGAUCGUAAAGGGAUGCCCUAUCGUUCCAAAUCACUCUCCAUUGCAGCCAUAUAGAUGAAAAGUGAUAUUUCCCCAGCUGCAAUUGUUCUUCUUCAUUAUCCUUUGUCCUACAGAAAACCUAUAAGACAGCAAAAAGAGACUCCACCUUUUCAGCAGUGGCGUAGUGGUUAAGAGCAGGUGUACUCUAAUCUGGAGGAACCGGGUUUGAUUCCCCGCUCUGCUGCUUGAGCUGUGGAAGCUUAUCUGGAGAAUUCAGAUCAGCCUGUACAC